UCCGUUUCCCCGCUUUUCUUCAGAUUGCAGACUCAACUAUAAUGGAGAACUAUUGAGCGCCUUUGUUCUGUGAUUUCCAGCGGGGAAUGCCAAGGGGUAACGAUGGCGAGGCCCCUGGACUCCCCUCUGCUCCACCUCCCUGUCUACCUUGCCUUGGUUCAGCUGCUCACCCCCUGCUCAGCUCAGUUUGCUGUGAUUGGACCCCCUGCACCCAUCCUGGCCAUGGUGGGUGAAGACGCUGAGCUGCCCUGUCACCUGUCCCCGAAGAUGAGCGCGGAGACCAUGGAGCUGAAGUGGGUGCAAUCUGCACUCAGGCAGGUCAUACACACGUACGCAAGUGGGAAGGAAGACACACAGAUAGCAGAGUACCGAGGGAGAACUUCGAUUUCAAGAGAGGAGAUCACUGCGGGGAGGGCUGCACUCAGGAUUCACAAUGUCAGUGCCUCUGACAGUGGAAACUACCUGUGUUAUUUCCAAGAUGGCGACGUCUAUGAAAAAGCCAUGGUGGAGCUGAAGGUUGCAGCACUGGGCUCUGAUCUUCACAUUGUAGUGAAAGAUUAUGAGGAUGGAGGGAUCCGUCUGGAGUGCACGUCUGUCGGCUGGUACCCCCAGCCCCAGAUACAGUGGAGAGAUAUCAGGGGACAGAGCUUGCCUGCGGGGGCAGCACCCCUGGUUGCAGACAGAGCAGGCCUGUAUACUGCCACAGCAUCCGUGAUCGUGGAGGGCAGCUCUGGGGAGGGGAUCUCCUGUGUCAUCAGAAAUCCCCUGCUGGUCCAGGAAAAGACAGCCAGGGUCUCCAUUGCAGGCCCCUUCUUCUGGAGGGCGAGGCCCGGGGUGGCGGCCCUCGCGUGGACCCUGCCCACCCUGCUGGGGCUCCUGGUGGGGGCGGGGUGCUUCCUGUGGCGACAGCAGAAGGAGAACAAGGCCCUGGCCGAGGAGAAGGAGAGGGAACGGGCGGAGAAAGCAGCGGCGCUGGCGGAGGAGCAGCGGACGCGCAGCGAGAAGGAAAAGCUGCAGGACGAACUCAGAUGGAGAAAGGUCCAGUACCUGGCGCGUGGGGAGAAGUCGCAGGCCUAUGCAGAGUGGAAGCUGGCGCUCUUCCAAGCUGAGGAUGUGACUCUGGAUCCAGACAUUGCAAACCCCAUCCUCCUUGUUUCCGAGGACCAGAGGAGCCUGCGGCGGGCAGAAGCGCGGCAGAGUGUGCCAGACAAGCCUGAGAGAUUUCAGUGGCUCUGCUGUGUGCUCGGCUGCGAGAGCUUCACGUCGGGGAGACAUUUUUGGGAAGUGGAGGUGGGGGACAGGAAAGAGUGGCAUAUUGGGGUGUGUAUGGAGAAUGUGAAGAAAAAUUGUUCCGUGAAAAUGACCCCCGAGAAUGGGUUCUGGACUAUGGGGCUGUCUAUCGGGUGUGACUACCAGGCUCUCACUGACCCCCGCACCAAACUGACAGUUGCCAGCCCUCCUCAGAGAGUGGGGGUUUUCCUGGACUAUGAGACAGGAGAGGUUUCAUUCUACAAUGCCAUCGAUGGAUCAAAUCUCUACACUUUCCCACACACGUCCUUCUCUGGGCCUUUGUGUCCUGUUUUCAGGAUUUUGACAUUGGACCCCACGGCCUUGACCAUUUGCCCAGCGCAGAAAGGAGUGGGGGCUUCACCUGCAACUGACCUAGUGUCUGAUCCUUCCCUGGAGACCCCCGAGUUCCCCAGCUCAACUGAUGGUACAACUGAAGUGACAUCUUCGCUGCUCCCUGCCCAGUCUGGAACCGAAGGCCUCGUCCUGAACAGGAACUCAUAAAAUAAAAUAUUUACUGAAAGAACACACUGAGCGAAGCACUUCAAUAAUAUUAAUUCAGUUUUUCCACAUGACAAGUGAGUACUGUUUUAUUACCUUUGUAUAGAUAAGGAGGCUGAAAAGUGAAUUAAUGCUCCAGAGGUAACUCGGCUGGUAGAUGACAGCAGGAUCUGAACAAUAGUAGCUACUAUUGUUUACAGUAUAAAAUGUGCUGGAUGCUGUGCUCCAAGGGAACUUCUCACCAGCCCUCACAACAACCCUGAGAAGCAGCCUUAUUUGGAGAGUGUGGAAAUUGAGGCAUGACCAAGGUAAGUGACUUACGUGGUUCACACAGAAAGCUGUCCAGCUGGGAGCAACUACAGGCCCACGUCUUAGCCAAUAAUGGGCACAUGUGCCCACCUGCCAAUGUGAUGCAUGAUCAUGGGUCUACUUUGAAGGUCUCUAGGAAGCCCAACGUCAUACCUAAAGGUCGUCUGUAGGACACGAAUUUGGGAGGAAAGGACGCUAGAUGACUUCAGUGGAAUUUUUCUCACACUGUUCAACCCAUCUCCAGCAGAGGAACACUCCACCCCUGAUCAUACAGAUGUUUCUUUCAACCAAUGGGCCCUGGGGAAAAGCCACUGUUAUUGUUCACCACUGUACCCCUCUACUGUCAUGUGGUU